AUGGAUUGUGGUGCCACUCCACUGUUCCUCGCAGCCCAGAACGAACGCUUGCAGAUUGCACGCCUUUUGCUGGAGGCCAACGCAGACAAGGACAAGGCCCUGCAUGACGGCGCCACUCCACUGUUAAUAGCAGCCUACAAGGGGCACUUGGAGAUUGCACGAAUUUUGCUGAAGGCCAAUGCAGACAAGGACAAGGCCAUAGAUAAUGGUUCCACUCCACUGUGCAUAGCAGCCGACAAGGGGCACUUGGAGAUUGCACGCCUUUUGCUGAGGGCCAAUGCAGACAAGGACAAGGCCAUGCAUGACGGCGCCACCCCAUUGUACGCGGCAGCCGAGCACGGGCAUUUUGAGGUUGCACACCUUUUGCUCGAGGCCAACGCCGACAAGGACCAGGCCAUGGAUAGUGGUGCCACUCCGCUGUUCAUAGCAGCCGAGUGCGGGCACGUGGAGAUUGCACGCCUUUUGCUGAAGGACAAUGCAGACAAGGACAAGGCCACGCAUGACAGCGCCACCCCAUUGCUCAUGGCAGCCCACGACGGGCACUUGGAGGAGACACCAAAGAAUGGCGCCGUGCCUUCCUUCGUUGCCACACAGGAAGGACAGUUGGAGGUUGCACAUUGUUUGCCAAAGGCCGAGACUGACAAUGAGCAGGGUAGCAAUUUCAGUACCACCCCUUUGCGCCUUGCAGUUUCCACGGACAGUUGCCUUGCAGCUUGCUGCACGGGCACAUUGAUGUUGAUUACCUCCUUCUGGAGACCGACUCUGAACAGGCCCACGCCGUAA